AUGUCUACUACCGCUGGCCAUGGAUCGUACUCGGCCCCGCCGCAGCUUCUCUCUUUUGAUGGUCUGUUGUUUGACUUUGACGGCACCAUUAUAGACUCUACAGAUGCAAUCGUUAAACACUGGCACUCACUGGCAGAGGAGCUAGGUGUAGACCCCAAAGUCAUUUUGGCUUCUUCGCACGGCAGAAGGAGCAUUGAUACUCUGGCUUUGUAUGACCCCAGCAAAGCCAACUGGGAAUAUGUCAGCAGGAUCGAGGGUGCUCUGCCCCGCAACUACGGUCAGGAUGCCGUCGAGAUUCCUGGUGCGCGGGAUCUUCUCGACAAGCUGGAGGCUGCCGGUGCGCCUUGGGCAGUGGUUACAUCUGGCACUCGGGCUCUGAUCACAGGGUGGCUGGAAGUCCUUAAACUGGCCCACCCCAAGUUUCUUGUGGUAGCAGAGGAUGUGGAGCAAGGCAAGCCAAACCCUCAGUGUUACUUGCUUGGCCGGUCACGGUUGAACCUGGGAGAAUCGAGCAAGAUGCUGGUGAUAGAAGAUGCACCGUCGGGAAUCAAAGCUGGAAAGGCAGCUGGAUUCCAGGUGCUUGCGUUGGAAACUACUCACACUAUCCAACAACUGAAAGAUGCCGGGGCCGAUUGGAUCGUCAAGGAUUUGCAAAGUGUGGCGCUCAAGUCGUCGAACGGCAAAGUGGAGAUUGAAAUUAGCAAUGCUCUGCAAUAG